AUGCAACAGUAUCAAGGCUCCCUGUUCCUUUACAAUCAAAUGAUAAUCUUAUCCCCCAAAUACCUCAAAUUAGAGUCCUCCAAUUUCCUCAAAUUAGGGCUACAGGAGAUGCAACAGUAUCAAGGCUCCCUGUUCCUUUACAAUGGCAACAGGAGAUGCAACAGUAUCAAGGCUCCCUGUUCCUUUACAAUGUAUUUUAAAAUUUUCAUUAAACUUAAUAUUUUUUUAGCAAAUAAUAAUCUUAUCCCCCAAAUACCUCAAAUUAGGACAACAGGAGAUGCUACAGUAACACAUUUACAAUUGCAUUCUUCUUCAAGCCCACCAUUAAAUUUAUUGCCUAAUGUAGAUGAUGAUUUUGAAAUAAUAGAUGCGGCAUAUGCUAUGCUUGACAUAAAUCAAAACAUUUAUGGUCAAUUUGUUAAUGGUCAAAAGGGAAAACCAUUCCUCUUUUAUCGAGAAUAUCUCUAUCGUUUUCACUAUGAAAGGGGGGAUGUAGUUCAGUACCGUUGCAGAAAACAAGGCUGUCCUGCAAAAUGUAAAUAUGACCAUAUUUACAUUUCAUCAGGUGUACAUGAACACCAACCUGAUGUCGGGUAUUUUGAGGUCCUCAAAACAAGAGAAGUUCUUGAAAGAACUAUUGCCCAAAAUCCUACCGAAACAAGGAUGAAUAUUUAUCAAAAAACUAUCGAUAUUAGAUGUUUAGAGACUACUCACAUCGAAAAUUAUCCAGAGGCAAUCCCUCCUUUUAUAUCAAUUAGGGGUCAUAUUGACAGACUUCUAAAGAAAUAUAGGCCUUCCAUGCCUCAUUCAAUUGAGGAUAUAAUAUUAACGCCUGUAUAUGCAACCUCUACCAGAUCUCAAAGAUUUCACAUCCCUACUGAAUCUAAUAGGAUAUUGGUCUUUGGGACUACGGAUAUGUUAAAAUUGUUGGGAGCUGCUACGACAAUAUAUAUGGACGGAACUUUCUACAUAGUUCCGAGAUUAUAUUGUCAGCUCUAUACCAUACACGUGAUGUAUGAAAACAUCAUGAUACCAGUUGUAUAUGCUCUCCUUCCAGAUAAAUCAAGGGAGACAUAUAUUCAACUUUUUCAUAUAGUCAAAAAUUUUUGUACCCGUGAAGGUAUUAAUUUCAAUCCUCCAAUUGGCCAAACAGAUUUUGAGGCGGCAGCUAUAUCUGCUCUUCGAUUUGUAUUCCCAAAUAUAGUGAUCAAAGGAUGUUUCUUCCAUUAUUCUCAAGCUUUAUGGCGGAAAUGUCAAGCUUUGGGUUUAGUUAGGGACUACCUGAACGACUCCCAUGUCCAUAUAGUUGUUAGGCGGAUGACAACUUUACCAUUUUGCAAGGAGGAGCAUUUGGCCGAGGUACUUUUAUCUUGCUACUCAAUGGCAACUAACAAUCCAUCCCUACUUCGUUUUAUGGAGUAUAUGGAUCAUACGUGGCUUGGUGAAACUGCCUUAUUUCCCCAAACUAUAUGGACAAGGUAUCAUGUAGAUGGGCCCCGCACAAAUAACCAUCUCGAGGGGUUCCAUCAUGCCCUAAAAUAUUUUUACAAAGAUAUACCUGAAAGGAUGGUGGCCAUUGUUAAAAAUUGGUUAAAGAAAGCCAAAUAUAAAAAAAGUGAAGUGUGGAUUGCACAAUUAUAUUAUAAUAAUUCCAAAAACAGUGGAGGUUUUACUCCAACUGAAAGAUUUUUGGGAAGAAGGACGAAAGUAUUAUUGGAUCUUAUAAAACCAAGAUGUGAUAUAGAGGUUUUAUCAAAGAAAAUCAAUAGUACAUUAUAUCAAAUGGGUCAAAUGGUAUGGGCCAGAUGUUAUAAUAAUAAGGAUAAAUUAUGGGAAAGAGGGAUAUGGGAGGAUAAAUGGAGGCAACAAAUGAAUGGAAACACAAGGAUAACGUGGGAGAAACUGAUGGAGGAUGAAAAGGAAGAAGAGUGUAUUUUGUCGAAUCGAUUUGAUAUAAAGCGGAUGCGACAAUGUUUUUGUUAUAGAAUUUUCAAUAAGGUGAAUAUUGAAUCGGAGAAGAAAACAUUACCUGUCAUGACUCAAGAGAAAGAUAUAUGGCUACAGAAAAAGGAAGAAAGUGAAUUAUUAAGUGGAUUGAAAGAUGAAUUGGAGAUUGAAUAUAUACUGAGUCAUAUGGAAGAAAUGGCAUUAUUAGAAGAGGAAGAUUAA